UUUCGUGCCGGAGGAUCAGUUGCAAUUUCUUAGGCACAAAAUGGACGACAGUGAACUGUUUUGGCGUGCAUCUAUGGUGCCUAUGGUUGAGGAGUUUGCUUACGAGUAUGCUCCGAAGGUUGCUUUCAUGUUCUUGGCCAAAGGGCCGAUACCAUUGGCUCCCUUGUGGGAGAGGUUUUUUCAUGGACACAAUGGAUCAUACUCUAUUUAUGUUCAUUCAGACCCCUCUUACAUUGGAGAAGAGCCUGAAGAUUCUGUUUUCCAUCGAAGAAGAGUUCCUAGCAAGCCGGUGCAAUGGGGAACAGCAUCAAUGAUAGAUGCUGAGCGACGACUUCUAGCCAAUGCACUGCUUGACUUCACGAAUGAAAGAUUUGUGCUGCUAUCAGAAACGUGCAUUCCUUUGUUCAACUUCACAACAAUUUACAACUACCUAAUAAGGUCAAAUCACAGUUUCAUUGGCUCAGCUGACGAUCCAAGAAAAAGUGGUCGUGGCAGAUAUAAUAAAGCAAUGUCGCCUGCAAUAUCAAUAUCUCAAUGGCGAAAAGGGUCCCAGUGGUUUGAGGUCAACCGCAAGGUUGCCAUAAGAAUUAUAUCAGACAGAAAAUAUUACCCCAUUUUUGCUGAGCAUUGCAGCCCUCCAUGCUAUAAUGAUGAGCACUACAUUCCCACGCUUGUGAAUAUUCUAUUGCCAGAAGAGAACUCGAACAGGAGCGUGACUUGGGUAGAUUGGUCCAGAGAAGGUCCUCAUCCGGGAAGAUUUGACUGGAGAAAUGUCAAUGCAGAGUUUAUGAAUCAGGUAAGGUUUGGUACUACGAACUGUACUUACAAUGGUAAGAACUCUUCCUCAUGUUUUUUGUUUGCUAGAAAAUUUGUUCCCAAUUCUCUUAAACGUUUGCUAGAGCUUUCUCCGUUGUUGUUUGGCUGAAACUCUUUGAAAUACGGCAUAUUUCAAUCUAAUCACAGGUUACAUUUCAUUUC